AUGCUUGUGGGGGUGCUUGCACAGACGGGACCCGAGACGGUGCGGCGGCUGUCCGGAGCCGAGCUGCGCGAGCUGGCGAAGGAGCUUGUGGAGACGCCCGAGGUGGACGUGUCCGGCGGCGACGGGGCGGCCGCGCUCGGGCGGGUCCUGGGUGCGGCGGGCAAGGCUGUGGUCGACGCGCUGGCGAGGCAGGCAAGUGUGGAGAACGCGGCCGAGGCCGCCGAGGUCCUCGAGUGUCACACCGCUGCGUACACGGCCAUGGGCAAGGCUGCGGCCGUGGCGCCGGUCUCGCUCGCCCGCCUCGCCCCGGUCACCGCGGCCACCACCGCCCUCGUCUCGGCCGCCCUUGCCCAUAUCCGGGCCCACGCGAGCCUCGCCGCCCCACAACCCGACGCCCCGCCGCCGGCCCGCGAUCUCGCCGCCAGUCUCGAUACCCUCUACCGGGCCGCCUACGGCACGACCUCCACCCUGCUCACCCUCGCCCUCAAGCACGCCCGCCCGCCGCUCGCCCAUGCACCAGACGCCGCAGACGCCGCCGCCGCCGUCGACCUCGUCGCUUGGGUCCGCGACCUUGCUGCAGACGCCGCAAACGACUUUGCCCUCAUGUCUCUGGUGUGGAAGGCACUCGUCCGUCUUGCACGCUCACAUGCUGUCGCUCUGCAGGCGCCCGGCGCGAGCCUCUCGCCGCGCGCCCUCCUGGAUCUGGUCCUCCGCGAGCUCGCGGCCUCUCUGGCCGAUGCCGACGCUGCUCGCACAGACAUGCUCCUCCGCGCCUCCAAGGUCUGCCGCUUCUUCGUCGCCCACACCUUUCCGCUCCUCGGAGCCUUUCCGUCCGCCGCCGCCGCUUCUCCACGCCCGCUCGCCGACAAGCUCGCCGCCGCCGCCACCCUCGCGCUCCGCCAGCCGACCCGCGACGCUGCCACGGCGCUGUUGGACGCCCUUGUCUCAGGCCUGACCCGCCUCGACCAUCCGCCGCUGGUCGCCGCCCUCGCCGCCGCGCUGGUUGCCGACCUCAAUGCACGGAUGGGUGUCGCUACGACGCCGCCCACACGCAUCCGUGGCUCGCUGCGCCUUGUUGCGGCUCUCCUUGAGAGCCACUCGGCCCACAUCGACACGCUGAAGACCCAGGCGGCGCUGUUGAGCGGCUUGAUGGCUGCUGACAUGGCGGGUGCCGACGAGGGAUGCACGAGCGCAUCUGCACACCGCCCGGCUCUUGACGACCUCGCAGCCGACAUCGCCCAGGCCGUAGCGGCGUCGGUCGCCGCCACCGCUGAUCCGCGAACUCAGGCCAAGGCUGCCGCUCAGCUGCUGGAGCGCGUCCUUGACGCCGCGUGGUGCCCAGUCCUCGGCCGCUGCAUCGCCCAAGCGCUGCGUCUGGCGUGGUCGGCUCUCCACACGUCGGGCGCUGCCGCUCGCGUCGCCGAGCUCGUCGAGCAUCUCCUCGGCUCGGCCCUUCCGCCGCCAGUUUUGGCUGCCGUCUCACCCUCUGUCAUCCGUCCAGCAAGCGUGCUAUCGCCUCAAGCUCUCGCCUUGCUGCACGAAGCCAUCCGCAGCUUUGCCAGUGUCGCUCUCCCGGGCAUCGGCCCGCGCCAGCUCGAGAGCAUGGCAGCUGAUGCAGCCGGUGCGAUUACUUUGGCGCCAACAAGCACAUUUGUCGUCUCGCACGCCUCGAAUCUCCUCACGAUCCUGCCGUGGCGCCGGCUGGCCAAGUCGGUUGUCUUCGCGGCAACAAGUGGCGGCUCGCAGAGCGUGCUCAAGUUGGCCGCCGAUGCAGUCGGGCUCCCGCAGCUCGACGCAAACGUCGUCGCGGCUCUCGCGCUGCUGGAGGCCUUGUCGGCCUCGCCGUACUGGGACGAGCUCCUUGCAGGGUCGAUAGUGCUCAGCAUUGGCCGCAGCUGCUCCACACUGCUCCAGCGCGAAGAGGCGUGGGCGAGCGGCGGGCCUGCGCCUGCCGCCAUCGUUGUCCUGGCCUCGCUCGUCGCCGCCGCGCCGUCGUUUGAGCGCGGCGCCGAGGUCCUCAACACUGUGGCGUCUCACUGGGGCUCGGCGCCGGCAUCUCCUCCGCUCUUUCUUGCGGCAGCGCAGCUGCUCGACGCGCUAGCAAAGGUACCGCUGCCUGCGGCUGCGUCGCGGCGGCGGGCAUUUGAGGACGGCUUGCGUACUCUGUUUGGUGCUCUGCUGAAGAGCCCGCACGAGCCGCUCCGCAACACAGGCGUCCGCACCAUGGUCGCCUUUGCCAAGUGCACUGCCCUCGACAACGUCCAGCAGUUUAUUCCUGGUGCGCUGAAGGACCAUCUUCUCGGCUACGCCACCAAGUCGCCGGCCGUCACCGCUGGGCUCGCCACGCCCGCCGCGCGUCCGUCGCCCGCCGAACGAUCAGUGCUCGGCAAGCGCCGCCGCAGCGCCCGCCAGGAUGUGCUCGACGCUCUCGCGUCGGCGCCGCCGCCGGCCAAAGCCUCCAAGCGGCUGGACGGCACGCCGUCAGCCGCGCUCGGCCGCGCCUGGUUAGCCGACGCUGCGGCCGCCCUCCGCUCCUUGGUCAAGCUCUCAACGUCGGAGCUAAGCGGUACUCGUUGCACAGUUUGA